GUGUGAACAUCCAAAACAGAGAAGAGGUUGCCAUUAAGCUGGAAUCGGUGAAGACCAAGCAUCCUCAACUUCACUAUGAGUCAAAGAUCUAUAUGCUUCUACAAGGAGGGACCGGUGUUCCCAACCUGAAGUGGUUUGGAGUUGAGGGUGAAUAUAAUGUCAUGGUGAUAGACCUACUAGGUCCUAGUCUAGAAGAUCUCUUCAACUAUUGUAACAGGAAGUUCAGCUUGAAAACUGUGUUAAUGCUCGUCGAUCAACUAAUUAACAGAGUCGAGUACAUGCAUUCAAGAGGAUUUCUUCAUCGUGGUAUAAAGCCUGAUAGUUUUCUGAUGGGCUUGGGACGCAAAGCGAAUCAGGCAUGCAUUUCUAUCUAUAGAGAUCUUCAGACGCAUAAGCACAUUCCAUACAGGGAAAACAAGAAUCUCACUGGAACUGCUCGCUAUGCUAGUGUCAAUACUCACCAUGGAGUAAUCAUCUAUAUAACCAGAAGUUCUCAUGGGCAUUUCAUUGUAAUUCCUUUAUAUGUUUGUUCACUAAUCCUGGCAGAACAAAGCCGACGGGAUGAUCUGGAGUCUCUUGGUUAUGUCCUAAUGUAUUUUCUGAGAGGAAGCCUUGCCUGGCAGGGACUUAAAGCUGAUACCAAGAAGCAGAAAUAUGACAAAAUCAGUGAGAAGAAAAUGUUGACUCCUAUAGAGAUGAAAAUGGCCCAAAUCCAGCAGGCUCCCUCUCAACAACAGGAUCAGUUGCAGCAACAGCAGCAGCAGCAGCCGCUACAACAUUUGCAGCAGAACAACAGGAAAAGAAAACAACACUCUUCAUCAGGUCCUGCUAACAGCACAGGUACAGGAAAUACUGUAGGACCUUCCCCUGGCUCGCCACAAUCAACGCAUACACCUGGUGAUGGGAUGGCCACUGCUAGCAGUAAGAGUAUGAUGAUGUAUGGUGCAGAAGGACCUGGUGGAAUUACAUCAUCUACAAAUCAGCUUGAUGACUUGGAGACUUUUGGAGAUGUUGGUUCUCUCGACAAUGUUGAUUCUUUUUUGUCACAUGAUGGGGGUGAUGGAAAUCUAUAUGGCUCGUUGAAACAAACUUUUACUGAACAUAAACCAGAGACUUCUAAAGGUUUCUCAUUCGGAGAAGUUGGUUGUAUACGGACAAGAAAUAAGGUUACUUGUUGCCAUUUCUCUUCCGAUGGGAAGCUGUUAGCUAGUGCUGGGCAUGAUAAAAAGGAAAAGCUCUCAGAGAUUAACUUGGAGGGGAUACUCUGGCCGUCUGGCGUUGUGAAAUACCUGUGCUGGGACCUUAGUGGCGAACUUUUGGCCUCUGUGAGUGAGGACAGUAUUAAAGUUUGGUCGUUGGCCUCGGGAGAGGGCAUCCAUGAGCUUAAUGCCAGUGGCAACCAAUUCCAUUCCUGUGUUUUUCAUCCGAGUUAUUCUUCUCUUUUGGUGAUUGGAGGCUUACAGUCUCUAGAGCUGUGGAACAUGGUUGAGAACAAAAGCAUGACAGUCGCAGCACAUGAGAAUAUAGUUGCGGCCUUGGCACAGUCACCUCUGUCUGGGAUGGUUGCCUCAGCCAGCCACGAUAGCUCAGUCAAGCUGUGGAAAUAA